AUGAAUAUGACUGAUUGUUCUGUGGGGUCUAAUCCCUUAGCGCAGUUGAAUAAGCAUGCGCAAGGCCAAGGGAGCUCCUUGAGUAACACUCAUGUGAGACACAGCGGUGGCGUCAGUGGGUCUAAUGUGUUUAGAAGCGGACAAAAUGUAGUCUCUGAGGAUGGGAGGCAGCAGCUGAACAGUUUCAUGUCGCAGCCUAUGCGGCUUGGCGAGGACAAGAUGCACCCGGCGACACCGAUGGGGAGCUCCAUGGGGAAUGCCAUCGGUGGUUCCAUGAUGCAGGUGGAUGAUAGUUCUAUGAGGAGUGCGGGUGAUUCACAGUGGACUCGUGAGUUUAGGCAGAACACUGCUGGGAAGACUAAUAUGGCUCAGGAGAUGGGAUCAUCAGGUGCCGCUAUGGCCAACAGUAAUGCUUGGAAGUUUAGGUACUCUCCAAUGACCAAUGUGAAUAACACCGCACCACUGAGACCAUUUAACAAUAUUAUUAGGCAGAAGGAACGUGCUAAUGGGUUAGAAACUGGUGAUAUAGCUUGGAAUGACAAGUUUGAUGAACUUGAGAAAGAAGUAUCUGACAAGUUAAACUUUAAAGAUGGUGAAACUGUGGAGAAGAUGGACACCGGAGCUGAGAUGCAGCAGGAUAAUCUGGAAACUGGAGAUAGUACUGACUACCAGAAAGAAUUUCAAGAAGUAUGGGACUCAAUUCAGCAGGACACUGAAGAGAUGCUGUCAUAUAAAGAUGACUAUGAAGACAUGUUAAAUGACACCGAUUUUGAGAGGAGCUUUCUCGGUAAGCGUGCUGUUGAGUCCCUCGAGUACAAGUUUGAGAACCCAUCUGAGAACCAGUACAUGAAUAAUCCGAAUGCUUAUCAGAUUGGUUGUAUUUUGAUGGAAAAUGGUGCUAAGCUAAGUGAAGCUGCGUUGGCGUUCGAGGCUGCUAUAAAACAGGACCCGAAGCAUGUGGAUGCUUGGUUGAAACUAGGUAUAGUGCAGAUACAAAACGAGAAAGAGCUCAACGGCAUGAGUGCAUUAGAGACAUGUCUCAAGUUAGAUCCGAACAAUUUAGAGGCUAUGAAGAAUUUAGCUAUUAGUUACAUCAAUGAAGGUUAUGACAUGAGUGCUUACAACAUGUUGAACAGGUGGGCUGAUACCAAGUAUCCUGGUUUUUACAACAGCGCAGAAUUGGAAGGUAAGAGGGAUGAGCAUGAGAACAUCCAUAGCAAGAUGACCAGAAGAUUCUUGAGUCUCGUGAAUAGAAUAAAUUCUGUGGAUCCCGAUAUACAGCUAUGUCUCGGUUUACUGUUUUACGCUAAUGAUGAGUUCGACCGUACCAUCGACUGUUUCCAGGCUGCAUUGAAGGUGAAUCCCAACGACGAACUGAUGUGGAAUCGCCUGGGUGCUUCAUUGGCCAACUCAAAUAGGUCAGAAGAAGCCAUACAAGCGUACCAUAGGGCACUACAGUUGAAACCCUCGUUUGUGAGGGCACGCUACAACUUGGCAGUGUCAUCUAUGAACAUUGGAUGUUACAAAGAAGCCGCGGAACACUUGCUCACCGCACUAAGCAUGCAUGAUGUCGAGGGAGAAUUCGAAGUCCAGUCCACACGCAGCAACAGCAUCUCCUCCGCCGACAAGUACUCCUUCUCCGGGUUCAAGCCAACAGAUAACCUACUAGAAACAUUGAAAAGAGUGUUCAUAUCCAUGGGCAGAGACGACCUUUUGGACAGGGUAAGGCCAGGCAUGGACCUCUCCCAGUUCCGUAACGAGUUCACUUUCUAA